AUGAAUUGUUGUCGAUGGGAGAAGACGAAAAAGAUUGCAGAGUAUGCGUCGAAGGUGCAGAAACUCGUCCAUCUCAUGAAGGGUUGUGGUGAAACCCUUAUCGAUAAGAUGAUAGUUGAGAAGAAAAAGAGUGGUGGUUCCAACAAAUUCAAAGGCAAAUUCAAUAAGAAUCAGGGCAAGAAGCCUUGGUCGAACCCCCACAAGCAGCAAGAUGAAGAUAGGACUCCUGAAUCCUUGAAAGGAGGAGGAGGAAACUAUCGAAAGGACAAAGAAGAUAAAAAAGGUAAAGGUGUGCAGUGCUAUAAAUGUGAAAAGUGGGGUCACAUGUCCAAACAUUGUUGGUACAAGAAAGUCAAUGGAUCGCCAAAAGGCAAGGACAAAGGAGCAAAACUUGUACGCCAAGAUUCAGAUGAUUCUGAAGGUGGUAUGGUGGUUAUGGAUGCAGUUGCAGAUAACCAUGUCGAAUCCAAAAUGUGGUUUCUCGACUCAGGCUGCUCGAAUCACAUGACUGGUCAAAAGGUGUGGUUGGUAGAUUUCGACGAGUCGAAGAAGAGCAAGGUAAAACUUGCUGAUAAUAGUUCGUUGCAAGCAAAAGGUAUUGGCAACAUAGUUUUUCAAAUGAGCAAUGGAGCAAAAGCCAUGAUCAAAGAUGUGCUUUAUGUACUUGGAAUGAAGUGCAACUUACUCAGUGUUGGACAACUGGUCGAAAGAGGUUUCUCAGUUGUCAUGAAAGGUGGAGUUUGUAAAUUGUUCAACACCCAGAAUAAUUUGGUCUUAAAGUCUUCGUUGUCGAAGAACAGGAUGUUUAAGACUAUGAUCAGUUCGGCUGAAGUUCAAUGUCUUAAAACUGUUGUUGACCACAAGGAUAGUUGGUUGUGGCAUUUGAGAUAUGGUUACUGGUAUUCCAAGUCUUGA